CUGCUGAAUUAUAAUAUUACCACCUUCUGCUCAACACAACUUUCUUUUACCAUCAUAUUCAUAACAUAAUUCGAAGCGCCGGGCUUGUGCUUCGUCAAUAUAUAAAAUUAUAGGUCUAAAAAUUUAUUGCAGUUAUGUUGAUCAAAGAAUAUAGAGUUUUGCUGCCUAUUACAGUUGAAGAGUAUCAGGUAGGCCAACUUUAUUCUGUUGCUGAAGUUAGUAAAAAUGAAACCGGUGGUGGAGAAGGGGUUGAAGUCAGGAAAAAUGAACCCUUUGAAAAUUUUCCUUUACUUGGUGGAAAAUUCUGCAGUGGACAAUAUACAUAUAAAAUAUACCAUUUAGCAAGUCGUGUGCCAGCAUAUAUAAGAUUAUUAGCCCCAAAAGGAUCACUAGAAGUCCAUGAAGAAGCAUGGAAUGCUUAUCCAUAUUGCAAAACAGUCAUAACUAAUCCCGGCUAUAUGAAAGACGCUUUCUUUAUCAGCAUCGAAACAAUGCAUUGUCCUGAUAGAGGUGAACAAGAAAAUGUCCAUGAAUUACCACCAGAGAAAUUAAAAAUGAGAGAAGUUGAUUAUAUAGAUAUUGGUAAUGAUCCUGUUAUUGCGAAGGAUUACAAAGAAUCAGAAGAUCCCAGCAAAUUUAAAAGUGAAAAAACUGGAAGAGGUCUACUAACUGGCAAUUGGAGGGAAACAGUUGAUCCUGUUAUGUGUGCUUAUAAGUUAGUCACUGUUGAAUUUAAGUGGCUUGGACUUCAAACUAGAGUAGAAAAUUUUAUUCAAGCUACGGAACGAAGGCUUUUCCUUAAAUUUCAUCGAGAAGUAUUUUGCUGGAUAGAUAAGUGGUAUGGUUUAACUAUGGCUGAUAUACGAAGAAUGGAAGAAGAGACUAAAAAAGAACUUCAAGCCCAAAUUGCUGAAGGAGAAGUGAGAGGAACACUUGUGGAAGAUUGAUGAAAAUUUCUAAUAAAACCUUAUUUUAUGGAAAGGUUUUUCUAUUGUCAAAUUUAUAGCUAAUUUUUCAAUAAAAAUUUUGUAAUUUAAAUGUUUAUAUGAGAAAUUUCUGUCAAUGUUUUAAUAUAUUAGAUACAUUUUUAUGACUUGUGAUAUAAUUUUACUUUUUAUAUGAUUUUCAAAUUAAAUAGUAGUUCUUUGAUACUAUUGUAAUAUUAAAAUUUAUCGGAUAUUUUUAUUACCAGUACAUGAGUAAAGAAACUAUUUUUCGAAUGUCAAAUUCUACUAUUUGAAAUGCUAAAAAAAAAAAAGGAAUGAAUAUGUUUUUUUUUAUUAUUAUUUUUCUAAUUGAAUUUUUAUUCUGCCUCUAAAGCAAUUGUGAACUGUAAUAUUUAUUUAUACACUUUUGAUACUUAAUGCCAAGCAUACUUUUUGUGAAUUUCUGAUUGCAUAAAUAAACUGUUAUUAGGAAAGAAUAUCAAUAAAAGAUGGGACUUCUUUUACUUGUAUUUUUUCUUCUAUUUUAUAAGCGGCAUAUAUGACUGAACGAGAACACUUUUCUUAUUAUGUGGAAUAUAUUCAACCUAUUUGUUCUUUAUUUUGUAUAUAUAUAUAUGACUGUAAAUUUGAUUAUUAGUAUUUUUCUUUUAUUUGACAUUUCAUGUUUUAUAAGUGAUAAUUAGGAAGAAUGCAGUUUGUUGAUCACAUUUAUGAAUGACUGCUUUUCAUGGCAUGUUAGUUUAGUUCGAUAUUCCCUGAUUUCCUUCAUUUGUUAUCAUUCUCUGUAAUUAAAAAUCUUUUGGGCUUUUAAAGCUGGAAAGGAAAUUGAAUUGGAAAGUUUUAAAUAUAAAUCAUUCAGAAUUUUUGUAUAAAAGAAUGUUGUAGUAAACUUUUCUGAAAUUAUGUAAUAUGCUGCUUAAAUAUGUUAAUUUAUUUUUUCUGUGUAGCAUUGAUAUACAGAAGUUCAUUAGUUUGUAGUUUCUCUUGUUAUUGUGUAGUCCUUGUUAUUGUGUUGUUGCUUAAAAACUUUUGCUCUUCUGUAUUGACAAACUUUUGUUAAAUUGAUAUGUUUAAUCCCCUCAUUUCCCCAUGUUGUAUCUUAAUUAAAAAAAAAAAAAAAAUAGUAGAAAACAUUACAAAGUUGGAAAUUUCUGGAAAGUUAGAUUUAUUGUCUAGAAAAAAAAAAAAUACAACAGCUGAGCUCUCAAAGGUGGGAAUAAUUGGUGCAUAGCCUAUUAUUAAUUUGUAUGUUUGUGCCAAGAAAUCUAGGAAUAAAAGCACGAGAAAAAACAUACAAUAAUGACUUUUUUUAUACUAAAAAAUUGAAGCUUUACAAAACAAUUAUCAAAAAUUGAUUUAUCCACACCAAAGUGUAUUUAAUCUUUACAUUCUUCCUUAAUUAUUUCACUUAAAACUAGAUUUUAAAUCUUUGUUGAAUCAAAGGAACAGAAUUUUAUGUUAUAGAGUUAUUUAAAAGAAAAUUAGUUUUAAAGUGUGUACGGAUGACUUUAUUUUGCAGUAUAAAGUGAGAGUUAAAAAGUCAAAAAAUUAUUACAAUUAAAUAGAUUAAACUUCGUCAGUUAAUUGUAUAAGAACUGGCAAAAUCAUAUAUUGCAUUAUUUUUUUUCCAUGUCUAUUGACAAUGCUGGAAUCUGGCAGUUUAAUUUGAGGCUGUAUGUUAAAAUUGAUAUCAUGUAGUGUGAAUAUAAUAAACCUGAGUGAGUCAGAA